GACUCGGGGGCGGGAGCAGGGAAAGGAGGAGCCGGAAACCCGGAAUUUAGAAGUUUCUGUGCUCUAGUUUUCCGGUGCUUUAUGCAGACGACCGCUCCAGACCCGGCUUCAGUCCCCGCCGACCUCCGCCUCCAGGACCCGCAGGAUGGCGAGAGUCUGGGUCUGCGUGGGAGGCGCCGUCUUCUUUCUCUCCUGUCUGGUUUUGCACUGGCGCUUCAGUGACCCUCUGGUUUCAAGGACAAUUGCUUUUUACGUACCCUGGAGAAAGGAGGAUUCUCUUUUCCGGCUGGAUUUGGGUUGGCCCAAGUAUUCAGAGUACUUCACUGGUUCGACCUUUUCUGUGGCGGUUGACUCCCUCAACGGGUUAGUGUAUGUAGCUCAAAGAGGGGAUAACAUCCCCAAGGUAUUAGUGUUCACAGAGGAUGGAUAUUUCCUUCGAUCCUGGAAUUAUACAGUUGACACACCCCAUGGUAUAUUUGUCUCCGGCACACCAUAUGAACAGUCCGUCUGGAUCACGGACGUAGGAAGUGGAGCCUAUGGUCACACGGUUAAAAAAUAUAAUUCCCUGGGUGAUCUUGUUCAAGUCUUGGGUACCCCAGGCAAGAAAGGCACGGGCUUGAACCCGCUGCAGUUUGACAACCCUGCAGAGUUGUAUGUAGACGACACGGGAGAGAUUUACAUUGUGGAUGGAGACGGGGGAUUGAAUAACAGACUAGUCAAACUGUCCCAAGAUUUCAUGAUCCUCUGGCUGCGUGGAGAGAGUGGAGCAGGACCUGCGCAGUUCAACAUACCUCACAGUGUCACACUUGACGCAGUCGGUCGGGUGUGGGUUGCCGACCGAGGAAAUAAAAGACUCCAAGUAUUUGAUAAAGACACCGGAGAGUGGUUAGGAGCGUGGGACAGCUGUUUCACGGAGGAGGGGCCUUCGGCUGUUAGGUUCACCCCGGAUGGGAAGUACUUAAUUGUGGCCCAGCUGAACCUCAGUAGGCUGUCAGUUUUGACGGCUCCCCCAUCUGGAGGCAUCGGCGACUGUUCUGUGAUCAGCAGCAUCCAACUGGCAGAUCAGGUUCUGCCCCAUCUUGUAGAAGUUGACAGAAAGACCGGAGCUGUCUAUGUAGCAGAAAUUGGUGCAAAACAAGUGCAGAAAUAUGUCCCGUGGCACAGCCCUACUCCCACCGUUGGGGCUUAGGGCUUCCAUCCUGGAGGAGCUGCAGGGAGCAGUCCAGAGUCAUUGUGUUUCAAGUCACUGAGGCACAGGGCCGUUGGUACCUCUUCCACCAGAGAAGUGUGUUGGGAUGUCAUUGAGAAUUGUGUCUUCUUGAGGUUCCUGGGACUUAGUUUUACAACUAAGAGUUUUUUGUUUCUUUUUUCCUUUCCUUUUUUUGAGGGUCAUGGAUGUUGAACUCAGGGCCUCGUGCAUGCUGGGCUUCUGCCCUAGCACUGAGCUGCAUCUUCACCUAAGCAGCUUUUAAAGAAAGAAAUGCAAUCCCGAAAUAGGGUUGUGAAGGGGAACUGUGAUUGCAGCCGAGUUACUUGCUCAGGCUGAUUGACUCUCUGGGCUCCUAGGAUAGCCUUUUGAUUUCAUGUGAAGAACUGGACACUGCUGGUUUGUUUAACGUCUGUAAAAUGGCCUGUGAGAGAUGCGGAUGGGCGGGCUGUAGAGCAGUCUGGUGCGUGCAGAGUGCUGCACCAGGCCAGAGCAUGCUGGAGUGAGGAGCAGCAUGGUCUGCCUUGAAGUCCAGCAGGGACAGAGUGGGCAUGGUGAUGCAGGAGCAAGAGGACCAUGACAGACAGGACGAGCCAUGCAGGGUGGAUGUGUGGAAACUGCAGGCAGCGACAGCUUGGCCUCAGAGACGAGCGAGACAGAGUCGACAGUACCAUCCAGGUAGAGGAGACCUAAUUCUUACAGACUUUCCUUGAAUUCUGAGGAAAACACAAAACAAAGGUUUUGGUCUUUGUUUUUUUUUUUUCCUUUAAAGUGCUUAAUGGCACCCUUUACAAAUAAGACGACAACAGCCAGCACCUAGCACUUUACUAAAAAAAUGGAGAUUUAGCAAUGGUAUUUUAAGAGUUAGUGCCAACAAUGAGUCCCUCUUCACUGUUGCCCAUCCCAUUUUUUAGAAUGAACUCACUUUGCUACUAGCACUUAUCUACCUCCAAGAUAUUUUAGGGGGUCAGAAGCCUUCACACGGAAGUGUGCCAAGCAUCUCCCUGCCUCUCCAGCCCGCUCUUCCCUAUCUGAAUGCUGGCCUUCACACGCAGGCUCUGUGUUUUUCAGUCUGUUCUGGUUUAUUCUAGGUGUCCAUGCAACCUUUCCCUCUCAGGGUCUUUCGAUCGCUCAUCCCCUUUGCUCCAUCAGCAUCCCUCGCUGUCCCAAUGGUACAUGGUGAUUGUGCAGCACACAAGAUGCCUAAGCUGACUUCACUCCCCACCCCCUACAGCUGAAGGGGUCUGAGUUGUUUUGGUGCUUGGGUCACAUGCAGCUAUCUCUGCAGCUUUACACAAUUGAUACAUUGUUAAAGACAUACUUUUAUUAUUUUCAGUUAUGUUCGUGUAUGUAUCUGUACUGUGUGGGUAGGUGCACACCGGAAUAGAUGCCUAUGGAGGCCAAAGACAUUUGAUCCUCCUGGAGCUGGAAUCACAGGCAGCUGUGAGACCAAACUCAAUCCUCUGCAAGAGCAGAAAACACUUGUAACUUCUGAGCCUUCUCAGCCCUAGGAGCCUGCGUUUUGUUAUAGAUGUGAAACUUCUCGAUGCCUUUGCUUCCUAGGGUUAUUCUUGAUAGAGGAGGAGGAAGUGUCCUAACGAGAAAGCCAAAGGCUGUGGUUGUCUCUCCUUCCGCUCUGAUAAGGAUGAAUGACUCUUUAAGACAGAGUGUUUGUCAAUUGCAGAAAACUUGGUUACAAUCUGGUAGAGACAAACCACUGUGUGGCAUCGUGUGCCAUUGCUGGAAGGCUAAGGUGACAACGAAGUAACUGGUUUUGCUGGUUUUGCUUCUUCUGGUUCUUAGAGGUUUUUGAGUUUG